AUGAGUUUGAAGCGUGCAAAGGGAAUGAAGGUGAAACAAAGCAGUAGUGCCGAGGAGGAGAAGAAGAGCGACUCGAUUUCGAAAUAGAUAAAAAAAUAGAGGAAGAAAAAUAAUAUGGUGGGAAUGGUGGAGAAUAAGAAAAAAGUGAAAACUCAAGUUGUUAAGAGAGAAGAUGCAUGGAAACACUUGGAAACAGUUGUGGAUUAGUUGGUUCAGAGUGAUCCGAGGAAUAUUUUGGAUAGUGAGGAAUUGAGUGGUUUAAUUGCAGAGUUUGAGAAUACCGAGGGCAAUCCAAAAGACUCAUAUAGAGAAUGGUUUGACAAGGAGUAUGAGUAUUAGUACGACGAGGCAGCGCAAUUAAUGAAGCCUAUCAAUUUCAAGAGCAAUUUGUGUUAUUUGCAUCAAUUCAGAAAAAGAGUGGAAUACCGGUAGUAUUGGGAUAUUUAAGAAAUAAUAAAGGAUUUGCAUAAAUUAUUUGGUAACAUUUACCUGAAAUGCCGAAACCAAUAAUCCUACUAUUAUUUGUCCAGGGUCUGGGAUGAUGCGAAGCCAAAGAUAAGAACAGUGAUUCAAGAAUUCUCUGAACUCAUUAAGGAGGAAGUAUACAAUAUUCUUUAAAUGAAUACCGAAUUUAAAGUAUUCUCCACCAUUUGGCCCGUUGUGCCUGAAAAGAAGGAAAUACGUACCUACAUAGAAAUCCAAGAUUUUGAACCUAAUCCAAAUGAGGAGCCCCACAUUUCUCAGAUUAAGGAAAAGUUAUCAAGCAAGAAAAUUCCAGUUAAAUGCAAGAGUGAUUGUGUUUGUUUCGAUUUGAGCAGAAUGGGAACUUUCAAUUAUUCAGAAAUCAAAUGGGAUUCCGAAUGUCCCAAUAGAAGUAAUAGAAUUGAAUGUAGAGAACAUGAAGGAACUGAUAGACCGUGUUCAAAUAUGCAGAUUUAAUUAAAAUAAUAUUUAACUAAUAGAACAAAUUUUGGGGAUAACGCAGAUGUGGAAGAAACCUUGUGUUGGGGCAUUGAUGUUUACACUAGGAAUGUGAUUAUCAACAUAUUGCCGUUGAACUAUGUCGAGUCUCAGAAGAACCAAUUUAUUGAGAAAUUGAUAUUGGCCAUCAAUAGACCAAACGAUAAAGAGAGAGGCUAUGAUAUGGGAUUGGCAUGUGAUUACAUCAUACGAGAGUCCAGAAUGCUUUCCAGUCUAUAUAAUAAGGAUGAUAGAAAGAUGGCCAAAUCAAUCAAAAGAGUCAUCAAACUUGAUGGAGGAGGAUUCCGUAUCCACACUAAGGGAUGUGGUCUGGUUUGUGUAAACAAAUUCGGCAUCAAAACUAAUUCUCUUAUCAUACCAUAUUUAGGUGAAAUCUACUAGCCCUGGAGAUGGUAUGAAAAGCAGGACUUUAUUAAAAAACAAAUGAAAGAACAAAACAAAAAGGAUAUUCUCCCAGACUUUUAUAAUAUCAUGUUGGAUAGACAUCUCGAUGAUGAGGAUGGCAUCGAUAUACUCUUCGUUGACCCAAUCAACAAAGGCAACUUUUCAUCUAGAUUAAGUCACUCAUGUAAUCCCAAUUGUGGCACUGUCACUACAGUCAGCAAUGGCACUUAUGUCAUUGGGAUGUAUGCUAUGCGUGAUAUAUAAUUUGGAGAAGAAUUGACUUUUGAUUAUUGUUCAUUCACUGAGAGUAAACAAGAACAAUUGUAAGCCUUAUGCUUAUGUGGAAGUGAAAAUUGUAAGAAAUAUUAUUUGGGAUUAUCCAAUCAAAGAGAAUACAAUGCCAUUUUAGACAGAACUCAUUGCUUCCUUAAGAGAAAUGCGAUCCUCUUUAACUCUUGUCUUGAUAACUUCAAAAUUGAUUAGAGUCUACUAGACAAAUAUAAGAUUGGAUCCAGUCUAUUAACAGGUUGUCCAUUUUGGUUAAAAUGCUGGAUAUGCUAAUUACUUGUUUUCAUAGAUGAAGAGUACAUAAUAUAUAAGGCUGAAUUGGAUACUAAAUUUAUUCUCAAUGAGGAAACUGAAAAAUGGAAUUAAUUUACUGCUUAAUUACAUUCUGAAGAAAGAAUACAGAACUUAAUUUUUACCUUAGAUAAGAUUAAGUUUUUCCUAAAGUAGAGUGAUACAGUAGAACCUCCAUUAACCAAAAUUACUAACGAGGAUCUCAUCAUGAAUUUCUGGGGGAUGACUAAUGAAUCUUUAUUAUCAAAUGAACUUUAUUAGUUGUUUUAGAAACAUGGAUUGAAAAAGCUGAUGGAAUUGAUUGUUCUUAUUCAAGAUAAGAGACAUUUGUAUGAUGUUCAAGAAUAAUUAUUACUAACAAGAUUACUAUUCUUAGUACUCUCACAUUUACUAUUACAAUAGAAGUAAUCCUUCUACUAUGAAGGGUUGUCUUUGAUCUUAUAGAUGAUGGCAUUCACAUACACAUACUUCAAACCCACAGAAUAUAAAGGCUUUCAGUCUCCUCCAAUAGACGAUCUCGAAUGGGGUAAAGUAGGCUUGAUCAAGAGGAAAUGCAAGGCAGAGGGGAAGACCUACUCUUCCUUAUUUGCGUGGGGCUAAUUAGUCGGUUGGUAUAAACAAACUGUACUUGCUCCUCAACUUUCGCUUUGUGUGGACAGAAGAGGAACCUUGUUGUAUCCUCAGAUCAGUUCGUUUGAUAGCAAUUCAGAGAGACAAGUUUCAGCUUAAUAGGAGAAGAACAAGACAGACUUCAUUUACAAGUAUCUUGAGAAACGGUUCAACAUUACAGUUGCAGAGAUGAGUUACAAAACCAAUUAGAAAUACUUUGGAACCAUCUUCUUUGAAUAGGUGUAUUCAUAGGAAUUGGGUCAACAGUUUAUAGAUAGAGCAUUGGUGUAUGAAAAGAAGGAUUUCAAUGUCAAAUUUAAGUAGUUCUUGAAAUAUGAGAAGUUGAAAUUCAAUCAUUCUUCUGAAUAAAUUCAUAAAUUGAUGGAUCAUUUCAAAAAUGUUGUUUAAGUUCCAAAAUAACGAAGUAAUAAAAAGAAACUUGAGGAGAUCAAAUCUGAAGAAAGAUAGGAGGAGGAUGAACCAUUGUUUAAGAGAGAGUGUCUGAUAACUUAAGAAAUUUGA